AUGUCAAACAUUCCAAAGGAGGAGCCAUGCCUCCAUCUGGAGAACGACACAGAGGCGCCGAUGGCAAACGUUGAAGCUCCAUUGCCCUUCAGCCCCGAGGCUGAGAAGCGACUCGUCCGAAAGCUCGACAGAACCAUCCUCCCGUGGAUAAUGCUCCUCUACCUCCUCUCCUAUAUCGACAGGAGCAAUAUGGGCAAUGCUCGCAAUAUUGGCCUCGAGGAAGACAUCGGCCUUAGCAGCGUCCAGUACCAGAUCGCUUCAGCCUCCUUCUACAUCGGGACCGUUCUUUUUGGAACUAUCGGAGGUCUAAUGCUUAAAGUCGUCAAGCCCUCCACAUGGCUAGGCAUAUGUGCUAUUGGCUGGGGAGCUGUGAGCACCCUGCAAGCUACAUGUACCAAUCCCGGUGGACUUAUCGCGGUGCGCUUCUUUCUUGGCGUUUUCGAAGCGUCCUUUGCUCCCGGAUGUGCUCUUUAUCUCAGCUUCUGGUACCUCAAGUCGGAGCUAUCACUGCGGAUCGCAGCCUACGCAGGCAUGAGCGCACUGAGCGGCGUCCUGUCGGGUAUUAUUGCCUACGGUGUUGGGCGUGCCAAUGACAUGGCUAUCACUUCCUGGCAAGCCCUGUUUAUUGUCGAGGGUAUCCCCACCGUUGCUGUCGGAGUUGCUACCUUUUGGAUGCUUCCUAGUCGGCCAGAGUCUGGGAAGUCUUUCUGGUUCACUGAAAAGGAGCAUCAGAUCAUUCUGAGUCGACGAAGCCGAUUCACCAAGAACGCGGAUACGGGCAUCAGCAUGGCUCAAGUCAAGGCAGCCUUCCUCGACUACCGCCUCUACCUCUUCUGCAUUAUGUAUUCAGGACUGUCCAUGUCCCUUGCCGUCACCGCCGUCUUCCUACCUACAAUUGUCAAAGACUUGGGCUAUCACUCUGUGUAUGCGAACCUGAUGACAGCUCCCAUCUACGCUGUCGCUUAUGUCACUUUGCUCGCGACAGCGACAUUGUCCGACAAAUUUCGGGUCAGAGGUAUUCCGAUUACCAUUGGAGGCUUGAUUGCUGGUGUUGGGUAUAUCUGCCUUGGACUCUUGAAAGACGACACGGCGCGAUAUAUAACAUGUUUCCUCGCAGUCACCGGAACUUACAUGGCCUUCCCUAUCGUCCUUACCUGGAUUACUUCGACCUUCGCCGGAGACACUAAGGCAGGCGUCGGCCUUGGUAUUGUUAUCGCUGUAACGCAUGCUGUUGGGGUUGCUGCGUCCAACAUCUACCCCAAAUCUGACGCGCCGUAUUAUCUCAUGGGCAAUGCUGUGUCAAGUGCUCUUGUGUUUCUGACGGCCUUGAGCGCUGUGAGCAUGAGCGUAAUGCUGUACCAGGAGAAUCGUAGGCGCGAUCGGCGGUUUGGCAGGCCUGAAGUCGGGCUAUCUAUCGACAUGGGAGGUGAUGCGGACAAGGCCCAGGAUUAUCGCUAUGAGAUUUAA